GACAGACUUGUUGACAGAGAUGACGCCGAUUGGAAAGAUGAAGUCCAACAAAAGUUCUUAGAAUGCAAAGAAGGCACAUGCGCUGUUCUUGAAGAUGAAAUAGAAAACAGAAUAGAAGAGCUAUUAAAGGACAAAGAACUUUUACAUAAAUAUGGUUCUGAGAAAUUUGACAUAACUCCACCAGAAAAGAAGAAGAAGAGAGAAAAGAAAGAAAAGAAAGAAAAGAAAGUAGAAGAGAAGAAAGAACCUGAACCAGUUCCAGAGAAGGUGAGAUAUGACAUGUAA